AUGAGGGUCAGGAUAUCAAAAACAACUUGAAACAAAUCAAUUAGUUCAUACCAUAAUAAAAAUCUGACUCAAAUUAUGAUAGCUGCUGCAUUAUUUGCCUUAUUGGAGGACCAACGGAAAAUGUUACGCCUUCAUCGGCGACAUCUGAGGGAUACAACUGACCCAUUUCAUUUACCGGAAGCUCGCUUUGAAGAGCUAUUCCGUUUUAAAAAAGAUCCCGCAAUAGCAUUGUUACAAGAGCUAAGUUCUCAUAUGAAAAGUGGCGAAAGGCGUACGUUUGUCCCAAAAUCAUUAAGAAUGACUGCAGCUCUUCAUUACUAUGCGACAGGAUCAUAUUUCAGAGACGUUGGCCAAGAUUUUGUGUGCUCAUUAAGCAAGACAGUUGUGUGUCGUGCAGUAAAAGAAGUCACAAACAUCAUUGAAGGAAAAUUAAUAUGUAAAUACAUUAAAUUUCCAACAUCUUUAGAGCAACAAAACAAAAUAAAACAAACAUUUUUUUCAUCUACGGGUUUUCCUGGGUGCGUUGGUGCUAUUGAUUGCACCCAUGUUAAAAUUAAAAAGCCGGCCGCUGAUGUUGAAUGCUGCUACAUAAACAGAAAGGGCUACUUUUCCAAAAAUGUGCAACUUAUUUGUGACUACAAUUUAAACAUAGUGUCUGGGAACGCGCGUUAUGGUGGUAGUACCCAUGAUGCUUUUAUUUGGGAGAACAGCCAAUGUAAACAAUUUUUGGAAAGGCAAAACGCCAGUGAUGUAGAUUCAAGUUGGCUUAUUGGUGAUUCAGGCUAUCCACAGCAACCAUGGUUGAUGACACCAUUUCGAAAUCCACAGACGAUUGGGCAAAAUAAUUACAAUGAUUCCCACUUUCGGGCUCGGAAUUGUGUUGAAAGGCUUAAUGGAGUUUUGAAAAAGACAUAAACGUAUCGUCAAAUUUCAGUAUGGAAGUUGACAAUUUGGAAGAGAAUCGUGAAAAUUGUAGUGUGCUAAAUCAAGGCAGAAGAUGU